CUCGCGACCAUGCCCCGGGCGACUGCGCUCGGCGCCCUGGGGCCACUGCUGCUGCUGCCGCUGCUGCUGCCGCUGCCCCGCGGCGCCAGGGGGCUCGGGGAGCUCUCGGACGCCGCCUCCGACCACUGGGCGCUGGAGCGCGAGGAGGGCGCGGAGAGGCAGCUGCAGCAUUACCACGACCCGUGCAAAGCCGCUGUCUUUUGGGGAGACAUUGCUUUAGAUGAAGAUGACCUGAAAUUAUUUCACAUUGACAAGGCCAGAGACUGGGCCAAGCAGCCAAUGGAGGAGAUGGGACAUAAGACAGGGGGGCUUGAAGAACUACCAUCUGAGAGCUGGCCAAACACUACAGCCACGAAUACCAGCAGUGAGGAAGCCAGAAAGGAUGGCAAGGAGAAUGCCAUGCUUCCACAGAGCCCUGGGACCUCAAAUGCCACAGCUGAGACCUUCUCUCACCGGGUCCGAAGAGCUACAACCUCAAGGACAGAGAGGAUCUGGCCUGGAGGAGUCAUCCCCUAUGUCAUUGGAGGGAACUUCACUGGAAGCCAGAGAGCCAUUUUUAAGCAGGCCAUGAGACACUGGGAGAAGCACACCUGUGUGACCUUCAUUGAGAGAACUGAUGAAGAAAGCUUCAUUGUGUUCAGUUACAGAACCUGUGGCUGUUGUUCCUAUGUUGGACGCCGAGGAGGAGGUCCACAGGCCAUAUCCAUUGGGAAAAACUGUGACAAGUUUGGCAUUGUGGCUCAUGAACUGGGCCAUGUGGUUGGGUUCUGGCAUGAACAUACCCGACCAGACAGAGAUCAACAUGUUACCAUCAUCAGAGAAAACAUCCAGCCAGGUCAGGAGUAUAAUUUCUUAAAAAUGGAAGCUGGGGAAGUGAGUUCUCUGGGAGAGACGUAUGACUUCGACAGCAUCAUGCACUACGCCCGGAACACCUUCUCAAGGGGAGUUUUCUUAGACACCAUUCUCCCCCGUCGUGACGACAAUGGCAUCAGGCCAACCAUUGGCCAGCGUGUGCGGCUCAGCCAGGGAGACAUAGCACAAGCCAGGAAGCUGUACAAAUGCCCAGCAUGUGGGGAGACCUUGCAGGAAACAACAGGGAACUUUUCUGCACCUGGUUUCCCAAAUGGCUACCCUUCUUACUCCCACUGUGUCUGGAGGAUAUCGGUCACUCCAGGGGAAAAGAUUGUCCUAAACUUCACGUCCAUGGAUUUGUUUAAAAGCCGCCUGUGCUGGUACGAUUACGUGGAAGUCCGGGAUGGUUAUUGGAGAAAAGCCCCCCUAUUGGGUAGAUUUUGUGGCGAUAAAGUCCCGGAGCCCCUCAUCUCCACAGACAGCCGGCUCUGGGUCGAAUUCCGCAGCAGCAGCAACAUCUUGGGCAAGGGCUUCUUCGCUGUGUAUGAAGCCACGUGUGGGGGAGACAUUAACAAAGACGCUGGUCAGAUUCAAUCUCCCAACUACCCAGAUGACUACAGACCUUCCAAGGAGUGUGUUUGGAGGAUCAUGGUCUCGGAGGGGUUUCACGUGGGGCUUACUUUCCAAGCCUUUGAGAUUGAAAGGCAUGACAACUGUGCAUAUGACUAUCUGGAAAUCCGUGAUGGUCCCACAGAAGAGAGUGCCCUGAUUGGCCACUUCUGUGGCUAUGAGAAACCGGAGGAUGUGAAAUCAAGUUCCAACAGAAUGUGGAUGAAGUUUGUGUCUGAUGGCUCUAUCAAUAAAGCAGGCUUUGCUGCCAAUUUUUUCAAGGAAGUGGAUGAGUGCUCGUGGCCAGACCGUGGUGGGUGUGAGCAGCGCUGUGUGAACACGCUGGGCAGCUACAAGUGCACGUGUGAGCCGGGCUAUGAAUUGGGUGCAGAUAAGAAGGCCUGUGAAGUGGCCUGUGGCGGUUUCAUUACCAAGCUGAAUGGCACCAUCACCAGCCCUGGGUGGCCGAAGGAGUACCCCACAAACAAAAACUGUGUCUGGCAGGUGGUAGCCCCCGUUCAGUACCGGAUCUCCCUGCAGUUUGAAGUAUUUGAGCUGGAAGGCAAUGAUGUCUGUAAGUAUGACUUUGUGGAGGUGCGCAGUGGCCUGUCCCCCGAUGCCAGGCUGCAUGGCAAGUUCUGUGGCUCCGAGACGCCCGAGGUCAUUACAUCGCAGAGCAACAAUAUGCGUGUGGAGUUCAAGUCGGACAACACGGUUUCCAAACGUGGCUUCAGGGCCCACUUUUUCUCAGCUGGCUGUGAACACAAGAUCAGCAGUGCUGAAGGAACUCUGGCAAGUCCCAACUGGCCUGACAAAUACCCCAGCCGGAGGGAGUGUACCUGGAACAUCUCUUCAACUGCAGGCCACAGGGUGAAACUCACGUUUAACGAGUUUGAGAUUGAGCAACACCAAGAAUGUGCCUACGAUCACCUGGAAAUGUACGAUGGCCCUGACAGCCUGGCCCCCAUCCUCGGCCGUUUCUGUGGCAGCAAGAAACCAGCCCCCGUGGUGGCUUCAAGUAGCAGCCUGUUCCUCAGGUUUUAUUCAGAUGCCUCAGUGCAGAGGAAAGGCUUUCAGGCGGUGCACAGCACAGAGUGCGGGGGCAGGCUGAAGGCCGAGGUGCAGACCAAAGAGCUCUACUCCCAUGCCCAGUUUGGGGACAACAACUACCCGAGCCAGGCCCGCUGCGACUGGGUAAUUGUGGCGGAGGACGGCUAUGGCGUGGAGUUGAUCUUCCGGACCUUUGAAGUCGAGGAGGAGGCUGACUGUGGCUACGACUACAUGGAGGCCUACGAUGGAUAUGACAGCACUGCGCCCAGGCUCGGCCGCUUCUGUGGCUCGUGGCCAUUGGAAGAAAUCUACUCUGCAGGGGAUUCCCUGAUGAUUCGAUUCCACACGGAUGAUACCAUCAACAAGAAAGGCUUUCACGCCCGAUACACCAGCACCAAAUUCCAGGACGCCCUGCACAUGAAGAAAUAA